AUGGUCAAUUUCGCGAAGCAGGCGGGGGUUUCUCUCCUUCUCCUCUUCGCCGCUGCUGUCGCCGAGGAGGCAAUCCAAGAUGAGGCUCAACAGCUGUGGAAUGCAACCCUGAAUAUCGCCCAGGUGGGCAGCCUCAAUACCCGCGAUCUCUUUGGUCUCGAGCCCAGAGCCUACGAGUGCCGCACUGGAUACUCGGAAUGCGCGUAUGAUACUUCUCGCUGCUGUGCCACCGGCACCAGUUGCUGCGGCAAUGGCUACUGCGCGGAUCCCGGUGACACCUGCUGCACCUCAGGAACCUGCCCGAGUGGAUGGAACUGCUGCGGCGAUAACGGGUACUGCUCUCCGGUCGGCGGGGAGUGCUGCAAUGGUGGAUACUACUGCCGGGCAGGCAAGCAUUGUCGCAUCUACAACGGCGAGAAAGUGUGCUGCCCCUCGUCAGGAUGUGCUGGGGAGUAUGACUCCGGCAGUCUGGGAAGCACCGUCACUGCGGUGGAGAGCGUGACUGAAACGGAGACUUCGAGCAUCACCUCGACCUAUCACUAUACUUAUGCAAGCUAUGACUACUACUACACGACCUACUACUGGACUUAUUGGUUCUACUUCUGGACCUCGUACUCCCCCUACACGGUCAAAACCGUGACGUCUACUCGCACCACAACCACAACUAUCUGGUCCGCCUAUCUCGUCGUUCUCUCGGCGCAUCACGUCCCUCACGGAAUCCCCCCUUACUCUGCCACCUCUCUCAAGAGCUCCACUAGUGCAGUCCCUAUUCAAACCGCUUCCUCUAGCACUACUUCAGGGUCUUCUUCUUCUUCCAAUGGAGGAGGUGGUAUCUCUGGUAUCAACUCGGCAAGUGGAUUGUUCAUCGAUAUCAACGUCAUAUUGAUGGGUACAGUUUUGGCGGCUGUGUUUGGUGGGCUGGCUUUUGCACUGUGA